AUGCUGUUAACUUCACCUGGUAACGACGCUGGGACGGAAGCUAUCUGCCUGAGUACGCCCAGCGUUCCAGCUAAGCUCAGAAUCAGCCCCUUCCGCGAAGCGCAAGACGAACUUCUCUCGGCUCUCGGGAAGGCGCUCCCAUAUGCGCCGUUAGAGCAUGUUCUCUCCACAUGCAUCGACCUCUACAUGCAAUGGGAGUUUCCCACAGGUCCGGUGAUCUGCGAGCCAAUAGUGCGCCAAGCCGUCCCCAUCGUCGUCCCAAUUCUCCGGGGCGAAACGGCGAUUCCCAGCAGCUCGGUUGCCGGGCCCUCCACUUCGGACGUAUCGACAACCCGGGCCUUUGCUCUGUUGACAGGCAUGUGCGCGUUCGUAUCGUCCAGUCUGCCAAGUGACUUCUUCGCGCCAGGCAGCGCGUUGGCAUGGCCUUUUCUCAGGACGUCACGCGAGGCUCUUCGGUUAUACCAAGAUUACGACGUCGAGCAUCCCGAGAGCAGUUCGGUGAUUAUCCGGUACUUCCACUCGAACGCGCUUCAUGCGCUGGGAAAGACACGCGUUUCGUGGCAUGUUAUGGGCGAAGCUCUGCGUCUUGUCCAGGAGAUGCGUCUGUAUGAUGAGACGAGUUUUGCAGAGCUCGAGUGGCCUGAGGCCCAGCUGAGGAGGAACGCGUUCUGGCACCUUUACAUUGGUGACAAGUCUGCCUCCAUCUUGCAGAAGGUGCCGAUUUCUCUGCAUCAGAUGUGUCUGGAUACGCCCAUCACCACGAUCUUCGACGAGAACAUGGCAUGCGGACUGAUGGACACGACGCAUAAUCCAAGUAACAUCGCUUUCGAAAGCCAACUACGCGUGGGCUUUCAUCUUUGUUUCCGGCUCUGGUACACCGCAUCAGAAAUGCUCAUCGACUUGAAUCUCCUGACUCGUCUUCAAGGCAGAAGCGACGCUGUCGCCACAACACCGCCAGACACCACGACUUUGAGAACGAGUAUCAUGAAGUCAUACUUUGACUUCACGAGCAUUCUGCAUAAUUGUCCGCCUUGGAUAAGAGACCCUUCUUCUAGUGAAGAUACAGCGACGAACGAAGCCAUGCUCCGGUUCCGGACUCGCUCUUUUGCCACGCAGAAGGCAAAUCUUUUCGUGACGCUACACGCAUUACGCCUAGUGCUUCUUUGCCGGUUCGCCGAUCGUGGCUUUGCCGAGAUCCUCGGGCUCACCAACGAUCCGACGAUGCUGUCUCUCCGGAAAGUGGAGAUCGCGAGUGACUUGGUAGAGAUUGUCACCGAACUGCCGUUCGAAGCGCUCCAAGCCAACGGAGAGCCAUGCGUCGAGAAACUACGCCAAGUCGGCGUGGCUCUGCUUGAAAUAAUUCAUAGCGUGACCAACGACGCAAUCUCCGCCCGCGCCAAGUCCCUGUUUAGCACGCUUCUGGACGUUCUCGCGCGACUCAAUUCCAGAGUCUCGGACGAGCUGAGCAAUGACCGCUAG